CAUACUUCCAUUACCCAUCCUUCAAUAAUUAUGUUAAAGUAAACUGAUACUUUUCUUUAAAAACGUGAGAGAAAAGUAAUCUUGUAGUGGAAAAUAAAGAUAACAUUGGUUUAUCUGAUUGUGUGGAACAUGAAAUCUGAUGAGAGCCAAUUAGUUACAGUGCAUUUUUUGAUGUGAGAUAUAGCAAUAUAAUUUCAUCCAUUAGUAACAAUCUCUGUGAUUAGCAACAACCUCAUGAAUAGCUAUAAAAUAGAAAAACAAGUUGUUUUCAUGAUCAUAUACUUAUUAUGGUUGUGUUGGAGUAAGCAUACUAAUGCAAAAGUUGAUCAUUUGAAGCCUGGCGAUACUUUGGAUAUGUCAUCCCCUUUAUAUUCUAAACAAGGCAAGUAUUAUCUUAGUUUUAGUUAUGUUUUUGGCUCCAACGAGCACACAUACUUGAGUAUAUUUUCUAGCGUUAAUGUCCAAAAUAAUCUAGUGUGGCUCUAUGAUAGAAAUCAUCCAAUAUAUCCAGAUUCACAACUUCUAUCACUAAGCCACUCUGGAGUGCUCAAAAUUGAAUCAAAAUUUGGGAAACCAAUAAUCAUUUACUCUUCACCACAGCCAAUUAACAACACUGUGGCUACUAUGUUAGAUACAGGUAACUUUGUACUUGAACAAUUUCACCCAAAUGGAACAAAGACUUUGUUGUGGCAGACUUUUGAUUAUCCAAUAAGCACUUUGAUUCCAAAUAUGAAACUAGGCAUUAACCGAAAAACGGGACAUAAUUGGUCACUAGUUUCUCCUAUAACUAGUUCGAUAUGGGCUUCGGGUGAAUUUAGUCUUGAAUGGGAACCAAUAGAAGGUGAACUGAACAUUAAGAAACGCGACAAAGUGUAUUGGAAAAGCGGAAAGCUUAGAAGUAAUGGAUUAUUCGAGAACAUUCCGACCAGUGUUCAACAAAUGUAUCGAUACGUCAUUGUCUCUAAUAUGGAUGAAGACUCUUUUGCUUUCGAAACUACGGAUAGGAAUUAUAUCAGGUUUCCAGAAUGGGUACUAUUCGCGACGGGAAGGUUAAUUAAUAAUGUAGGAGAUAUUGGAAAUGCAGAUAUGUGUUAUGGAUAUAAUAGGGAUGGGGGAUGCCAAAACUGGGAGGACAUACCAACUUGUAGGGAAGCUGGCCAUGUGUUUGAAAAGAAGAAUGCUAUUGUAAGUUUAGACAAUGCAACCUUUGAGGUUAAUGCACUCUAUGGUUAUAAUGACUGCAAGGAAAGUUGUUGGAGAAACUGUAAUUGCACUGCAUUCACAAAAUAUUAUAAUAAUGGGACUGGAUGUGUAUUCUAUUCAUGGAAUUUCACCAAAGCUCUUGAUUUUGGCGACGAAAUUAACCUUCAUGCUUUGGUACAGCCAACAAAGAUAGCCCACCAUGUCAAUGCAGGUAAAAAAAAGUGGAUAUGGAUAAGUGCAAUAACAGCGGCUAUCUUAUUCAUAAUAUGCCCAUUCAUUUUAUGCCUAGGAAUAAAGAGAAAAAAGUAUGAGUUCAAAAAGAAGAAAACUAAAAUGCAAGAUUUGGUAGCAUCUAAUGAAUCAUAUGGUAUCAAAGAUCUUGAAGAUGACGUUAAGGGACAUGAUAUAAACAUUUUUAACUAUGCAUCCAUUUUGGAAGCAACCAUGGACUUUUCUUCCGAAAACAAGUUAGGACAAGGAGGCUAUGGACCUGUUUAUAAGGGAAUCUUACCAACAGGGCAAGAAGUUGCUGUAAAAAGACUUUCGAAAAAUUCUGGACAAGGAAUUGUGGAAUUCAAAAAUGAAUUGGUACUGAUUUGUGAGCUUCAGCACACAAAUCUUGUACAACUUCUUGGCUGUUGCAUGCAUGAAGAAGAAAGGAUUCUAAUUUAUGAAUAUAUGCUAAACAAAAGCUUGGAUUUCUAUCUAUUUGAUUCAACAAAAAGGAUGUUGCUAGAUUGGAAAAAACGCUUCAACAUUAUAGAAGGAAUUUCUCAAGGAUUACUCUAUCUUCAUAAGUACUCAAGACUUAAAAUCAUUCAUAGAGACUUGAAAGCUAGCAACAUACUUCUUGAUGAAAAUAUGAACCCAAAAAUUUCUGAUUUUGGUAUGGCAAGAAUGUUUACACAACAAGAAUCCACAGUAAAUACCAACAGAAUUGUUGGGACGUAUGGAUAUAUGUCUCCGGAAUACGCAAUGGAAGGAAUUUGUUCUACCAAGUCUGAUGUUUAUAGCUUUGGAGUGUUGCUACUAGAAAUUGUUUGUGGAAGGAAAAAUAAUAGUUUCUAUGAUAUUGAUCGCCCACUAAAUCUAGUAGGACAUGCAUGGGAGGUAUGGAAUGAUGGUGAUUCUCUAGAGUUAAUGGAUCCAUUAUUAAGUGACUCAUUUGUUGGUGAUGAAGUGAAAAGGUGCAUUCAUGUUGGUCUGUUAUGUGUCGAACAAAAUGCAAAUGAUAGACCUACAAUGUCUGAUGUUAUAUCGAUGUUAACAAACAAAUAUGAACUUGUUACCUUACCAAGAAAACCAGCGUUUUAUGUUAGAAGAGACAUCUUUGAGGGGGAAACAACUUCAAAAGUGACGGGGACCGACACCUAUUCCACGACUGCUAUCUCUACCCUAUCUGAAGUGGAGGAAAAAAUAUAACUAAGUAAUCAUUGUAUGUUCAUAGACUCAUAUGAAACAAAUAUUAUUCUUUGAAGUCUUAAAAUAUCCAACUAUAAUGUGUAUACGUUAAAUAAAAGUGGUUUGAAUAUGUUUUGGUUAAUGAAAUGAGAUUAAUUACUAUGUA